CUGUUAUUCUUCUAAUCAUCCCUUUAGCUCCAAAGAGGAAGACAGUCUCUCCACCCUACACCCUCCAAGCUUCACCAAAACCUUCCCUCUCCAAUCCAUCCCAACAAAAAAUGAAUCCAUAAGUUUAGGACCCGAAAUAGAACAAAAACAUGACCACCAUUUCUUGCUUCCUUGCCACUUCUAACGUCCCCCUCUCCUCGCACCCUUCAACUUCUACUCAUGCUUCGAAAGUCUCUCACUUUCCCUCAUUGCAUCCAUCCCUUUUUCUCUAAAUGUCCUUCAUGUCCUUAUCCUCUAUGUAAGUUUCCAAGAAAACCCAAAAGAAUAGUUUCUUUAAAAUCAUCAGAAGCAGAGGAGAUAUCAUCAACAGGAGAUGAGUGGCUACAAACACUCCCUGACAAGAAAAAGCCUUUGUACUCUCAUAGUUUGCCUUGCAUUGAAGCUUGGUUGAAGGUUUUGGGGUUUUACCAAAGCAAGGAGAGCCGUGCUAUUUGGUUUGUUAAGAAACCUGAUUGGCAUGCUCAGUUAUCACUUGAUGUCACUGAUCUUUAUAUAAGGUACUUGAAGAAUGGACCAGGGAAUCUUGAAAAGGAUGUGGAGAGGAGAUUCAGUAACGCAUUGAGCAGAGAGGAUAUAGAAAACGCUACUCUUGGAGGACCAUAAAGAAAAUGAAAGUGAUCAUUUCAUCUUUUGAAUGGUCUCACUGUUUAUUCAUGGGAAUAUCUCAUAGGACUUGCAUGGUGUUCAUUCUAUAUCCUCAUUCUGAGUAUACGCUCUUCUUUUUUUAAAAAUAAAAAAUAAAAUUCUUUUGAUGUAUCCCAAGUUGUCCAAUUCCUUGUCAAUGGGCUUUGAUGAUUGAUAAAUGCAUCCGUCUUUGGUCUCUGGUCUUGAUCAAGCAUGCUCUCCUUUUGCUUCAGCAUUCAUCAUUGGAAAACAGAGGAACAUGCUUUUACGCUAUCAGAAUCUACAGCUUCUGCAUCAUUUUUCAGGACAAAAGCAGCAGCAAAAGAGGAAGGAAGCAAAAAGCCUAUAGUUCAAGUUUCAGGAGCACCACCUUUUGCAUUCUUCAUAGAGCUCCUGGAUUCAACUCCUGAUGAUAGUUAUCACUGAUGAUUUUGAAAGUGUGAUUUCCCAGUAUAUAUCCACACUAAGGAGUUACCUGCAGGAGUGUGGAUAGAUACAGGGAAAUCACAGUGGAGUGGCAACAGGCCUGCAACCUGAUGCUCUUGCAAUUUCAUUGAAUUGCCAAGAAGAAUUUGCGGAACUUGAUAUUUGAAUCUAGUUCUAAACUGAUGUUAGGAACUUCAGUUCCUCCUCCACAUUUCUCACUCCCUAGACCUGCAGUAUUGUUGCAAUACUAGACGACCUACUUGUACUAAUACAAGUACAAAAAGCAUGGGGGUAGAAA